GUGAGAUGGAGCGUGCUGCUUCAUGCGAGGGUAAAGGGAUUUGAUGGCGGCGGUGCUGGUACCUGAGAAUCCUUUCACAGUGAGAGAAAACAGGAUUCACAGUUGCGACUAUUAGCCUGAGAAGAUGGAAUCUGAUAAAUCCUUGCUCUCAGCAGAGUUAAAUUCUGAGUUUGAACAGGCUCUUUAUGAACAAAUGUUGUUAAAGGCUAAGCAAGAGAUGCAGAACAGAUUACCCAACACUCCUGAAUCAAAACAAAUCAGGCCACAACCAGGUUUCUGCAUUAAGACCCAAACCUCUGAAAAAGCAAAGAUCUUUAUAAACAUUUGCAAGACAAAUGACAUCCCAGCACCCCCAGAUUUAAGUGAGGCGGAGCUGGUUAACAUCUUGGAAUCUGAUGACCCUUCAGGGUACCGUGUUCCUAUGAGCAUUGGAGAACCGCACGUGGAAGUAGACAAUAGUGGGAACGGUUGCACAGUGUACGACAUUGUCAUAAACAGCACUUUCUUCGAUAAGAUGAAGAGCAAUGAGCUGUUCAGGGAAUUUUUCAUCACAGUGGCAAUGGAAGGUCUGGAAAACAAAUAUGAAAUGGAGCUCUCUAGAGAUUGGCGAAUGCUGAAGAAUCGGAAGUUCAUGGGAUCCAUUUCUGACCAAAACAUCAGAACAAAAUCAAAGCCCAUUAUUCAGGAACUGGAUACAAGUUCAUCACAGACACUUCAGAGCAAGCCCCUCAUUUCAGAGAUCCAAAGUUCACCAAAGGUGCCAGAGUACACAAUUGCGGCAGAGCCAUCUGAAGGGCACCCAAGCUUCCUUGUUGCAGAAAUAUCCUUGCCAAAUGUGACGUCCGUUAGAUCCCUGGUUUUAGACCUUGGUGAAGAUCGAAUAGUGCUAUGGGGAAGGCCUGAUUUGUACCACCUGGAUAUCUUCCUUCCUUACAACAUCGUGCAGGAGGAGAGUGGAGCACAGUUCAACCGAGACACAAAAGUGCUGACCAUUACCAUGCCGGUGCAACCAAUAUAACAAAGCUAUAUCAGGCAAGGUUUGCAAUUUCCUCCAAAUCCUAUACAAUAUAUAGGUCCAAUGGAUCCAAAACAGGGAUAUCUGUUUGACUCGUCCCAAUGUUUGGGGCUGGAAUAAAACACUAUAUAAUAAAUAUGCCGUAUCAUGGAACUGUGCCUGUUCUGCUUAUCUAAAGCUUACAAUUAUUCCUUAUUCUUUAGGCAGCUCGAACAUUUUCUUUAUCUCUUUCUCUGAAUGACCACAGUGACCUUCUAAACUACAGUAACUUAUUAUUGUUACAUAAGCCUUGAGCCUUGUAUCCCAUGCUGCAAGCAGCAGUAAUAACCAUUUCACUCUAAUUCUGGACACAGCUAAAGCUUGGGGGCAAAUUCACUAAGCAGCAAAAAUGCGCUAGCGACACAUUCGCCAGGGCGCCGCUAAUUCACUAAAUCCGAAGUUGUGCUCAGGGAGGCGAACGGUAGCGAAGUUGCUCUAGUGUUAAUUCGUCAAGCAAAGCGAAGAUACGCUAGCGAUGCCUAAUUUGCAUACGGCGCCAAGUUAAAGUUGAAUGGACGUAUAUGUAGCAGCAAAUACAUUACACUACACAAGGCUGGAAAAAGGUUCAUGAAAUAAAAUAGAGGUGUUAUUUUGCCCUAUACAUGUGCCCAAUGUAUCAUUGAGUUGUCAUAUGUUUGGAAAUGUAGGGGGGAAGGAGGGACGCCAGCGUUUUUUGGACUUAACUUUUUUUUUGAAGCAAUCCAUAUCUACUCUAUUGCACUUCACCUGGUCUGAGGUGGCGAAGGCAAGUCUUGCGCAAGAGGUAACGUUCAGUAAAAUGGGCAAGUUAGUGAAUUAGCGUAGUAACGAAAUGACGUCACGCUGGCGAAUUUGCGCUAGCCGCUUCGCGCUUUAGUGAAUUUGCCCCUUGGUUUUUUGCCCCUUUGGUUAUUUAUAUACAUCCUCAGGCUUAGGUUUUGGUUAAUGGUACACUUUCAGUGGCUAAACAAGGGCAUUUCACUUAACUGAAGGACUGAAACUAAGGGUCACAGAGGAUUUCUCUAAAUGCAGAUGAUAUGCUCAUUUACUAGGCAAACACCACUACUGCAUUGACAUUGCUACUACAGCUAGUUUCUGAUUUAUUAAAAUUAUAUUGACUAUUUUCCCUAUAUUAAAAAAAAAAAAA